UCAAGGGACAUUUCAGUCAAAUCGAAUUUCACGCCAUUGACCCAAGUCUUUCUAGUAAAAUCCAAGGCUCCAAGCUCAGCUGCACUGCGCUCUCACUCUCUUCCGACUCAAAGAAAGUCAUCGCUGCGAAGAGUAACUAAGCCACGCUCUCAUGUUGCUGCUUCCGCGAAUGUCUUCAAAGCUAGCACGAUCAUUGCUGCUUCUGCUUUUCGCAUUUUCGAUCUGCGAUGCGGUCGCGCUUCCCGGCCCUAUCUCCGAUCGUCACCGUUCUGCUGCUUUGGAGCUCUUCGCCCCUCAGCACGGUUCAUUUGCAAGUUUAGAAGAAUCCUAUGAGGCCCUUAGAAUCUUUGAGAUUCUUGCGGUUAGGGAGAAGCCUGAUGUGAGGGCAACAACUUGUCCAAAAGUGUUGGAAAAUCUUGUCUCAUCCACCCCACUGAAGGAUUUGUUCUAUGCCUUAAAAGUUAAUGGCAUAUUAAAAUGCAAGGUUAAUGGUGACAUUUUCAAGGAUAUUGCUUCGAGACUUAAAGCUACUGUCAAGGAUGCAAAGACUUUAAUUGACCUGUAUUACUCAAUAGGAAGUUUGCUUCUUAUAAAGGACCAGGCUUCUGAUGUUGAUGUGCUUCUUGCCGAUGCUGAUGGGACCUUCCACUCAAUCAAGGCGCUAAGCCAAAGUGAUGGAAAAUGGCGCUAUACUGAUAAACCAGAAUCUAGUACUUAUGCUGCAGGAUUGGCUCUAGAAGCACUGGCUGGAGUGAUCACAUUAGCGUCUUCUGAGAUUGAUCAGUCUAGGGUCAAUUUAGUGAAAAAUGAUAUACUGAAGCUUUUUGACAGCAUUGAAAAAUAUGAUGAUGGAACUUUUUAUUUUGAUGAGAAACUGGUUGGUGGACAUGAGCAUCAAGGUUCUAUUUCCACAACUUCUUCAGUUGUUCGUGGGGUUUUCGCAUUUGCUGCUGUAACUUCUGGAAAAAUAAAUCUUCCAGGUGAUAAAAUAUUGGGCUUAGCAAAAUUUUUUCUGGGCAUUGGAAUCCCAGGAGAUGCGAAGGACUUAUUCAAUCAAAUAGAAUCAUUAGCUCUUCUAGAGAGCAACAGGAUUUCCAUUCCGUUGAUAUUGUCACUUCCUGCAAGUGUUUAUUCAUUAUCAAAUAAAGAUCAACUCAAGGUUAGGGUGAAUACAGUGCUUGGUUCAGCUGCACCUCCUUUAACAGUUAAGCUUGUCCGGGCUUUCAGCACUGUUGCUAAAGAUUCGGCUGUUAUUCAGAACAAGGACCUCAAAUAUGACCAGAAUAGCGGACAUCAUGUAUUGGACGUUUUACCAGAUAAAGUGGAUGUGGGUAUUUAUGUGUUUGUUUUUGAGAUGGUGCUUCAUGAUGCUGACGGAGAAAAAGUCUAUGCUACCGGAGGCCAAAUUCAUGUGCCAAUAUAUGUCACUGGCAUUGUUAAAGUUAGCAAUGCAGAAAUUGCAGUUCUGGACAAUGAUCUUGGAAGUAUUGAAACCCAGAAAACGCUAGAUUUGGCUGGAAAUGACAUUGUUUCGCUCUCAGCUAACCACCUGCAAAAAUUCCGUUUUUCUUUCCAAUUGACAACCCCUCGUGGUCAUGCAUUUAAGCCUCAUCAGGCAUUUCUCAAGUUGAAACAUGAGACAAAGUAUGAGCACAUCUUUGUUGUUGGAAAUGCUGGCAAGAAAUUCGAGAUUGUUCUUGAUUUUCUUGGCUUGGUGGAGAAAUUUUACUAUCUCUCUGGCAGAUAUGACAUUGAGCUGACUGUUGGUGAUGCUGUCAUGGAGAACUCUUUCUUACGGCCACUUGGCCAUCUUGAAUUAGAUCUUCCAGAAGCACCUACUAGCAAGGCACCCCGUCUUCCUCCACUAGCUGUUGAUCCAUACACGAGAUAUGGGCCCAAAGCUGAGAUAACCCACUUAUUCAGGACUCCUGAAAAACGACCACCAACACAACUCUCUCUUAUUUUCUUGAGUUUGACCCUUCUGCCCUUAAUUGGCUUUUUGGUUGGG